UAAUAUAUAUUCAUAAAAUAGUUUUGACAAGUGGAUCUUAAUUGUUCUUGGGUGUUUUAAAUGUAAUUCACAAAAUAAAAUCAGCAAGUUCCUUAGGAACAUUCCUUCAACCUGAUUUCAAGAGCAAAUGAUGUCACCUGGUAAUGUGUCUUGUCAUUGAAUUCAGACAGUUUGACCGAAUUUUGAAGAAAAUUGAUCUUGACAAGAAAACUGUUCGCACCAAUUCGAUGAGUGCAUCGAACUGAAUGAAAUUAAUUUUUACUAAUCCACAAAACUGGUCAAUAGAAAGGUGUAGAAAUGGAUCACGAAGACUGCAGAGAAAUUCGAUUAGUUCAAGUACUCUAAAGAGGUGUAUGCGUUUCAAUGGUAUUAACAACGGUAUGGAAGGAAGCAAAGACCUCAUCCUUUACAGUUCACAAGCUCUUUCUUUCCCCGCAAUUCCACAAUUAUGGUAUCCUCCCCAGCCUUUCAUACCGUAUUACUUCACCUCACCGCCACCACAGUAUUCCCCGUCCUUACCUUAUCUAUCAUACUACUCGAAUGUUGCGCCAACGACUCGACAACAAAAACAUCAAGGCAAGGAAGUGCGGAAGUCAAGUAAAACCAAUUUCUGGUGUGGUGGAAUAGCUCAACUGUUGUGGACAAUAGCCGUGAUAAUUGCGCUGGGACUACUCGCCAUUCUGAUAUUUGCGCUUGUUGUUGUUUAGGAGUAUCGUUCGGUAGCAGCACGAAAAUUACAGAAAUUACUCCGCAUUUUGAACAAAGACAAAAUGUCAUUCUUCU